GUAACUUUGAGGGAUGAGAACUUCCAAAUAUCGCGAGAUGUGCUCAGCUCGUUAGCUCAAAUCAGGUCCAGCUGCUCCCUUGGAAAAGAGCGCCCUAACUUCACUUCUGCUUUUCUGAGGCUGCAAAAUGAAAUGUUACAGCACUCAUCACUGAAUGUCUUUUUAACUUGAUGUAAACUAUAUUUUGACGUCGUUUUUAGUUACACAGGGGCGACGGAAACAUUUUUAUUUCUCGUCAGCCGGAUAUUUUUUAUAUCGUAGCAACGCUAGCUUCAUGGUUUGACGACAUUAGCCAAGCAGCUGCUUUCCAAGCCGCCGGCGUCCCGUUAAAAAAAAACAAAAUGUCCACGGAGCAGCGGACAAGUUGGAUCCUAACGGGCGCCACCGUAGCUUGUGUCACAGCUCUAUAUGUCCCGUGCGUCCAGAGGACUGUCCCCGGUGGAGACUCAGGAGAGCUGAUCACCACUGCCUGUGAGCUGGGGGUGGCUCACCCCCCAGGAUACCCUCUCUUCACCCUGAUGGCUCGUCUGGCCAUGUUUGCACUGCCCUCUCUUUCUCCAGCCCACAGUGUCAACCUGAUUGGCUGUUUGCUGGGAGCUGCAGCCUGUGGCGCCCUCUGCAUGACGGUGUGCAGGUUGACAGGUCCCGGUCCUGGAGCGGUGCUGACCGCAGGCCUGUUUGCUGCGUCCAGGCUGAGCUGGCAGUGGUCCAUGGUGGCCGAGGUGUUCACACUCAACAACCUCUUUGUUGGUCUGCUCUUCUUCCUGACCGCCAGCUUUCACUGCACUGAGGAAACAGGGGAAAGGAAGAAGAUUGCCCACUGGGGAGCGCUCUGCUGUGGCUUGGGAUUGUGUAACCAGCACACCUUAGUGCUGUACAUACUGAUCAUCGUUCCCUGGGUGUUUUAUCGACUCCACUCUCACAAGGAGCUGUCCCUGCGUCUCGUCGUGUCUCUGGGAGUGUGUUUUCUCACGGGUUUCCUGCCGUACGUCUACCUGCCGGUGUCGUCCUCCCUCAACGCAGCCCGCUGGAGCUGGGGAGAUCAGACCACGCUGUGGGGCCUGCUGACCCACCUGCUGAGGGCUGAAUAUGGAACCUUCAGUCUGGCCAAAACAGGAAACGCUGUGAAAAUGACUGAAAUGCUGCAGGCGCAGAUGGACCACUGCGUCGCGGACCUGUCCGUUCCUGUUCUGGUGCUGGCAGUGACAGGCCUGCUGCUGUCCUCGCGGGACAGGAAGAGUCGCUGCGUGUCCUGGCUGCUGGCGGCCAUGUUGCUGGUCUACUCGGUGUUCUUUGCCUGGAGAGCUAACCUGGACAUCAGCAGACCCCUGCUGCUGGGAGUGGUGAGCUGUGAGACGUCUGUCCAGUACUGUGUGUAUUUGGUCUGAGUACUGUGUGACAUUACGACGGCUCCCGCUGAGCUGGAGCGGAGGCUGGGCUUUGGGGGGGUGUGGAAGACCACAGGCUGGGCCCUCACGGUGGCGCUGUUGGCACAAAUGGUGCGCACCAAUCACAGGGAGUGCGAUCUGAGCGGUAACUCCGUGGUGGAGAGGUUCGGCAGGGAGAUUCUGGGCUCCGUUCCCAGAGACGCCAUCAUCCUGACCAGAGGAGACCUGCCUGGAAACUCGAUGCGCUACUUGCACUUCUGUGAGGGUGUGCGGCCUGACGUUCACCUGGUUGACCAGGAGAUGAUGACAUAUUCCUGGUACGUGACCAAGAUAUCCCAGCAUCUUCCUGGAAUCCACUUUCCCGGUCGCCAGUGGGACCCGUUUAAGCCUGAGGAGAAAAACACCUUCAAUCUGGAGCAGUUCCUGUCCCACAACACAAAGAGGGACGUGUUCGCCUGCAUUGGUCUGAACGAUGGAGACAAAAGCUGGGAACACAGCUUCUCCCUGUGGCCUCUGGGUGUGUGUGACUACCUGGUGCCGAUCCAGAGGGAGUUUCACCCUGAGGAGUGGUCUCGCCGCACCCGCAACCUCUACAACUGGAGCGAGACGCACAACAGUUUCCACGCUGCGACCUGGGAGCGUGUCGCCAAUGAGGAGAUGUGGCAGGCCAGGAUGAAGACGGCUUUCUUUCUAUUUGACCUGGCGGAGAGAACGCACGGAGAGGGGAAAACUCGCCUGUUUGACUUAUCGUACUCCCUGUAUAAGGAGAUAGUGGAGGCGCAAACAAACUACCCUCCCAACUGGGACAAGAACUUUGCUCUGGCCUGUGAGCGGUUGCUGCGCUCAGGUCAUCGGGGCUACAGUCCACACAGUCUGCUGACCUGCAGCAUUCACCACUUCAGUCUGUAUUUGGAGAAGGAACCCUCGGACGCCCAGGCUCCCGCCAUACGCUCCGCCAUCGGUCACCUACUCCAAGAGAGAGACAGGCUCCACUCCGGCCAGAGGAAACACCCGUGAGGCCGUCCAGCAGGGGCCGCACUGGAGCCCAGUUGGAGUUCCAGGUUACUGCUGUUCUCCUGGUUCCAUCGUGGUUCUCUUGUUGUUAAACUUAAGCCCCUUCCAAACUGGACCAACACUAAAAUCCAAAGUAGUCAUUUUGUAGAACAGCGGUUAUCAACUCGUGGCCCGCGGCCCGGAUCUAGCCCACAGAACAGUCCAAUCUGGUCUGUGAGUGAAUUCCAAAAUAAACAUCUGAUAAUAGUUUUAGAGAAAAACAAUAUUUUUAUUUUAUUUUAUUUGAGUGUCCGUCGGUGACCGGUUGUGGAGUUCGUGCGAGGAUGGAUUAAAACAAACGUUCUGCUGCAGUUAAUGGAUGUUUACAUUCACUCAGCACAAUCAGUCUUUAAUUUACUACACAGUCACAUCUUUUUUUUUCUUCUCAGUUGCUGAUUAUUUAGCCUCUGUUGCUACUUUUGUUUUUUGUUUUUUUUCUCACGUUACGAUAGUAAAACAGAGAUUGAAGGGAACCCAAUCGGAGGGCAGAAAUGGGGGAUUAUAGUUGUUGUUUUUUUUUUAAUCUCAGACAAACUUGUGCUUUGACACAGUCCACACGAUGCGACAACAUUUCCAGCCCACGCCUCAAUCCGUCCAUCAGUCAAUCUCUGAUGGUCAUUUAAAUGUUUGUUUUUCUUCCUUUUUUAAUCCCUCAUGGAUUUAAAUGAAAUAUAAAAUGUCACCGUGCCAGGGAGUGUUUUUUAGAGCUGUGUUUGUAUGAGGAACAUGACUCCAUCAGUGAUGGUUUUAUACAUUAGUGUGUGAGAAUAUCCUUCAGUCUCUGUAGCAGCCAUUUUCCUGCCAGAAGUGAAUAUAAGUAGUAAAAAAAAAAACAUUUUAAAAAGAGAUUUUAUCAACAAAAAAAUAGUGAUGGAAACCAUCAUCUCUGAGGAUCUUCAGGAUUGUUUUGUGUGUGUAAAUAUCGGUGUCACAUUAACAUUCACACCUUCUACUUAAAUGAAGUUUUUGAUGAAGAUAAAGGACAUCAGGAGUGUUCAGAUCUGUCUGUUCUGAUCUGGAGUCUGUCUGCUGCAGAACCUGUGGUUUGGUUUCCCCUCAUUUGCUGAGGCUAGAAUAAUCCAACACAGAUAUAUUUUUGAUUAAAGACUUGGUGUUUUGGAUUAAAAA